AUGAUAUUUUUCUUCAACCAGGUCCGCUCGAUCUUUACAGCUUUGCACACACCCACUCAACAAAUCAAGUUGUCAAGAAGGGCCUUUUUCCAAUUCUUGGGCUACUUGGGCAGUUGCGUUGUGAUUUCAUUAGCAGCUCAAUCGAAGUACGUUGAGUGA